GCCAAUACGUUUCCUUGCUCAGAGAACCAACACGAUGACACUAUUCCCAGUGUUGCUGUUUCUGGCUGCUGUGUUGUUUCCGUUCUUCCCUGCAAAUGGACAGGAUCCAAAUUUUGAUGAUUUGUCAACCACCCAAAAAGAAGUCCAAAGUGAGAUUGUAAAUAAACACAAUAACCUAAGGAGAGCAGUCACUCCACCUGCGAGCAACAUGCUGAAGAUGACAUGGGACAGCAAGGCAGCAGCAAAUGCCCAAAGGUGGGCAAACAAGUGCACUUACAAACACAGUAGCAUACAGAAUCGAGGAAUUGGUGAAAUGAAAUGUGGCGAGAAUAUCUUUAUGUCAAGUAACCCUGCUUCAUGGUCAUAUGUAAUCCAAAGUUGGUUCGAUGAGAAAGAUGAUUUUAUCUAUGGUGUAGGGCCAAAAGAUCCCAAUGCAGUGAUUGGACAUUAUACCCAGGUUGCUUGGUACUCAUCUUUCCUUAUUGGAUGUGGAACUGCCUAUUGUCCCAAUCAAAAAAAACUAAAAUACUAUUAUGUCUGCCACUAUUGUUCUGCUGGUAAUAUUGUUAGCAGAAAAUAUACUCCUUACCUCCAAGGAACGCCCUGUGCCAGCUGCCCUAAUCACUGUGACAAUGGACUAUGCACCAAUACUUGCAAGUAUGAAGAUGUUUUUAGUAACUGUAAAAAGUUGAAGAAACAAGUGGGUUGUGACAAUGCGCUCACCAAGGGCAGUUGCAAGGCUUCCUGCAAUUGUUCAGACAAAAUUUAUUAAAAAUAAAUGCCCAAUACAGAUGGAAAAUGGCUAAGUGGAGGAGAGCUACAUCUACUUACCCUUGACAUUUAUUAGCUAGGAAAUCAUAGACAUGUUAGCUAUAAAUUUGAUUCCAAAUAGUAAUGUCUUUUUUUUCCUGGAUCUGUUCUUAACUUUACAGAAAUCUCUUUUAUCUUCAAAAGUGUUCACAUACAGGGUCUUUAAUUCCUCAUCUGCCAUUCACCCUUCUUCUCACUCAUCUAGCUUCCACCCUUUUUAACUAAAUUAAAAUAUUUCUUUUUAAUGUACCCCCCACCUUCAUUUUGCCAAAAAAUCACCUUCAUUUUGCCAAAAUUCUUCAUAUGCAUAAAUAAAAGACCACACCUUCCUUUUUACACCUCUCCUCUCUUAGACAAAUCUUCCUUAAAGAAGAAUUUAAUAUAAUACACAUAAAUACUCUUUCCUCCAGGAGUUAGAACUUAAUCCCCUCCCUUUUGAUUCUGGGCUGAACUCAGUGACUCAUUUUCAAAGAGUGAAGUAUGGAAAGGGAAAAAUGUAACUACACAGAGAUAGCUGGCAAAUACCAUCUUAACCAAGUGAUUGAAGUUAGCAUCACCUAUAAUAAGUCAUGUGGACUCAUGUACCCACUCACAUGACAUGAUUAGAAAGGCAUUUCACUGCUGGGGUAAUCUGUCUAAAAGCUUAUAACCCAAGUCUUGUCAUGAAAUAAAAUAUUAGGCAAAUUUAAAUUGAGGUACAUUCUACAAAAUACCACUGACCCGGAUUCCUCUAAACUGUUGAAAUCGUGAGUGACAAGGAAAUUUGGAGAAACCAUUAAAACCAGAAGAGAUGAAACAAGCAUGAAGACCAAACAUAAUGUAAUAUUUUGGAUUAGAUUCUGGAACAGGAAAAUAGUCACGAAUGGAAAAACUGCUGAAAUCUGAAUAGACUUUGUAGUGUUUUUAAUAGUAAUAUUGAUUUCUUAGUCUUUAUAACUGUACCAGAGUAUGUAAGAUGCUAACAUUAUGGGAAACUGAAGUUGGAUGUGGAGUAUGAGGAAACCAUCUGUACUAUCUUAUCAACAUUUCUGUGAGUCAGAAAGAUUCCAAAAUAAA